AGUACGUAGAAGUUCGUUUCCAUUUUCAAUGUAUGAUAAUAUGAAUUAUUAGUAUGUUUUAAUUCUAUUUAACUAUUACUUGUAUUUCCUAAUCGAUUUGAAUGCGGUUGUUUUAUAUAUCAAUAAGCUUCUUUAAUUGACUUCUUCCUUGUAUACACACAUUCUUUAGUUUAAAUUUAGAAGAGGCAGCCAAAGAGCAAAAUGGAUGAUACAAACAAUUAUCACUAUUUAUGCUACCAUUGCGAAUCGGUAGUCUCAUCUCCUCAUAAGGUCACCUUAUGUCCUGAAUGCUUUUUUUGGCUCCUCUAUGAGAUUCAAAGCAUUACAUUCUACAUCAAGGAUAUCGAAAACCAUCAAGAGGCACUGGUACCGUGGCGAUGGAGACCUAGAAAUGAUGGAGAAGUAGAAUCAUAUGCAAUGCCUCAACGUGCAGGAGCUGUAAUACGUUUAAGAUGGAACAAAGAAGGGGCACCACCCCCUCCCAUUCGGUGGGAGAGUGGUGUACUGCUCCAACCCGCCAUGAAACGGGUAACAAAAUGCAAUCAAUGGUAUUGGUGCUACGACUGUCGCAGACGAGGAACAUUAUUAGAUUCAAGCGAAACCAUACAUUGUCAUGAAAGUUUGCUUCAUCGAGCAAUCAGAUUCACAGAUGCAACAAUUGACAAUCAAGAUCACUUAUAUUGGUGCUAUCAAUGCAAUAGACCUUUUGUUAGAGUCCCUUCUUCGUCUUCUUCUUCUUCUGAAAACAUAUGUCCGCAAUGUCAGGGCGAUCAACUAAUGUCGAUGAUUCACAUUCGAAGAGUCUGGGUCGUUUGCGGAGAUCUAGAACUUCAUCACCCUUGUGUAUGUUUGAGAAUCUAUGUGAGCCUUAUUACGAGGUGGUCUCUACAACCUCCACCGCCGGAGCGCGCAUGGUCGAAGCAACGCAAAAUAGAGUUGUUAUCUGGUCCGGAGGUGGCUGCUGGUAAACAACAACUCAAUGACAUGGUCUUGAGAUUAGCUCACGAGGAAAACAUUGCAACACUACAGUUCCAUCUUCGAGGUUGCGGGCAGCUUCCCACAAAGUCUUCAAUCUCUAUGACAUGUUUCAAGUCGCCUCUACUGCUGCUGUGUAGCUGGUACAUCAAAUUGAUCAAAUUGUUAUCCAGUUAUGUUUCUGCCUCAAAAAGUAGAUAAGGAAGAAGAUUAAGAUGUUGAAAUACAAUUGAAAAAAUAUCACCAAUAAUAUUUCAACACUAAUACGGAGUACUUUGUAAUAGUAUUUCAUGUAAUUAUUAUUACUGUAAAAUAAUAAUGAAAAUAUCAAAAUCUUUC